AUGGAGUCCUCCAAUCGGCGGUUUUUACAAGACUGCAUCGACGAGAUCGAAGCCAUGGGUCUCUCCACCAAAGAGGGGAAAUUAAAGGAGAUGUGCUUGUACUGGCCUAAUUUAGGCGCUGAAGGCGAGGAGACGUGGAACGAUACGGCCCCUUUAGGUCCUGUUCGACAAUCUCGCGAGGAGAGAAAUGCUACACGGCUAGAAGACGUCAAAACUAUCUACCACCAGCAUAUGGACGGAACCAUCCCUCCAACUUUGAUAACUGAUGAAUGGCGCCAGAUGUACUUAGAAGUCUUGAAGGAAGUAUGCAACGAGGCAAUGGCGCAGAAUCAAGAGGUCGAAGAUGAGGACUUCGACAUCCCAAUGUGCCACGAACUGGGCCACUUCAUUAAAUACGCUAAUGGCGUUCAAGAUGCAGAUUUCCGCUGCUCAGGUAUCUGUCCAUUUGAGCCCGUCCCUCCUGUCGGGAGGAAGGAGUAUGCGUUCCCAGAGCGCGCGGCUGUGCGUAGACUUCCUACUCCUGAAGUCUCAACCUCCCGGGAAAUGUUGGAAGAGUACCUACAAGAGAGAAUGCUUGACGAGAUAUUUAUUCAAGGCACUGUGGAUGAAGAUUUGGAAGUCAAGGUUGGAUUUCAAACUGGCCUUGGCAGUCGCGCAGGACACGACGAAUGGUACAGUGCCUAUCUAUACUGUCGUCGGUGCGGCGAUGACUCUGACCCAUCUCUCAAAGACUGGGCCUGGCGUGUUUCAUUCUUCCGGGCUGAUGUUGGAAACCCAACUACUCUUUACGGACGGUAUCCACGAUUUGAUUCUGUACCUGAGUUCUUGGAUUGGUAUAGCAGCUGGCUGGAUUAUGUGGAUAUGAAUGAGGUCCGAAAAAACGUACGGUGCCUCUACGGUGACGAUGAUUAUUAUUCAGACACAAACCAAGGAGGUUUAUGA